AUGGCUGGAGAACCAGUCUUGAGCGCUUUUGCUGCGCGCAAAAAGCUCCUUGCCAAGUACAACUCUGCCGCCGCGGAGGUAAAGAGUUCUAAUGCUAGCGAGGAAGGGAGUUCGGGUGUCACCACCCGCUCUGGGGCGGAGCAGAAACGACGGAAGGCUUCGGCAGCAUUAGCGGCACAGGGCGGUGAUGGAAACGUCAAAACUGCGGCGUCUCAGAGAAAACGCCGUCGUGUGGCGUCUAAAGACAAAACGGCAGAGGCAGAUGUCCAAGAGAAUAUCGAGGAACAACCAGUGGCGGCAGCCAAGCAGAAGAAAACUCUUCCGAGUCGCUCCAAGUCACCCUCUUCACUAGCGAAAAUGCCGGUUACUGAUGCUGAGGAGCCCUCUAUGGAAACCGAGAUGGAGGUGGACAGAACUCCGACUGCCAAAUCCCCCAAGACUGCGAUUUCGAAAGACUCUAGAAAGGCAGAAACCAGCUCUUUACCAACACCUUCAGAGCUAUUAGAUGACAGCUCUGCCCAGCGGCUCAUCAUCCAAAAUUGCUCAACCCAAAAAGAGAAUGGAGUACUUGAACUACGCAUCGAUUCCGAAGAGCGCCUCAAACUGCCAGUUGUUGGUCAGUACGGCAUACGGGUGCUUCGCGGAGAGGUCUUCAUAGCCGGAGCUACCCUUCGCCCGUCUACCGACGUCAUUUGGGUCCACGCUCCUCUUUGCUAUUCGGUGCCGAUUCUCAGAUGCCCAGAGUCUUCGGUCCUAGAGCUACAUCCUCAUCCGUCAUCGGAUGGCUUCAGGCAACUCGGCCGUCUGUCACCUCUCUAUUCUAAUAUUUGGAAUCGAUCUCAACCCGACAGCGUCUUUGGGAACCCAUCAUAUCAAAUUGUGUGCGGACCCGAGGACUUGCCGAAGAAGUCUGUUCUACGGCCUCUCUAUUCGCCCCCAGAAUGGAACAAAAAGCUCGCGGAGUUGACGGCUGAUGGGACUCAAUCAAUGCCAUGCCUCAUUUGUGGCCCCAAGGGCUCCGGAAAGUCAACAUUCACGAGGCUCCUCACCAAUCGUCUCCUCACAUUGCCAAAGCCUUCGCCUGGUCGGCGAACCCGCGCAUCCAAGGAGGAGAGCGGCGUUCUCCUUCUCGACCUUGACCCGGGGCAAUCUGAAUUCUGCCCACCGGGGACGGUUUCAUUAGUUCUAGUUCGAAAGCCCAACAUAUCGCCGCCUUUCGCCCACCCUUGGCCGGAUGAUUCGUCGGCUACAUUAGUCAGGUGCCACGCCCUCGCCUCCGUCAAUCCGGGCUCGGAUACGGAUUUAUUUAUAGAGUGUGCCCUCGAUCUUUAUAGCCACUACCAACAACGGUACAACGGAUAUCCUCUGGUUGUAAACACGCCAGGAUGGGUUCUCGGUACUGGAUUGGACCUCUUGACACUUCUCAUUGGCAGCCUCAGACCGGCAGAGGUGAUCUAUAUGUCUGAAGACGGUCCCACAGAAACGAUCGAAGGACUUAGGUUAGCGUGCAAGACGCCAACCUUUAGCAUGCUUCCAUCCCAGCAAUCCGACACGGGUACCAGAAAAUCAGCGGCUGAUCUACGCGCGAUGCAAACCAUGGCGUAUUUCCACUCUGAGCAGCGGCAGAAGCCAGCCACUGUGAAUCCUUCACCUCUAUCUGCGAUCGCCCCAUGGCGGGUGUCAUACGCCAGCAAAAACCGAGGCAUUGCCGGAAUAAUCACGUACGGCGGACAACUAGAAUCCGCCUUACUCGCGGAAGCCAUCAACGGAAUGGUUCUCGCGGCGGUGGAAAUCGAAGAUGAAAAGGCCUUCAGGCGCAGCCCGUCAUCACCUCUGUCUGAAGCCGAACAAGCAAUGGACGUAGACGCCUCGGAUGGUGCCAAGAUUCUGCAAUGCGCCGACGAGUUAAUGUCCUCUACUACGACAGACGGAAUACCUCACAUUGAACUUGCACACGGCGCCACCACCCUAGAUAUCCACUACUGCCGAACAAUCGGCCUCGUCCUCAUCCGCGGCGUCGACACCUCAACCUCCUCCCUACAGAUUCUCACGCCCAUCCCCCGCUCGAAACUCGAAGAGGUCCGGCAGAACGGCCGACACAUCGUUCUCGUGCACGGACAGCUCGACGCGCCGACUUGGGCGUACACGGAGGAUUUGUAUGAGCGGGCGGCGAGUGGUGCCGACGGCUUGGACGAUUAUGAGGGUGAGGAAAAUGAGGAUGACGAUGAUGCGGGUGAUGAUGGGGUCGCGGUCGUGGGGGCGGGGGCGGGGUCCUUUGGGGUGGAUCGGCCGUGGGUGGAAGGUGUGGAUGGGAAUAGGCGGAGGCAGGUUGGUGGGGGGACUUGGAGGGUGCGACGUGACUUGGGGAGGCAUAAUAAUAGGUAG